AGACCGCUUUCGUUUUCACUUUUUGUCACACUAUCGUCAACGGUUGUACAAGAUUUAGGGUCGGAUUUCAGGCACAGCAAAGAACACGGAGGAGAUCCAACAACAAGGGCAGCAGUAGCUAUGCUUCAUCAGAAUCCCGUUGUCUCCGAUUUAAUAGCCACCGGUUUAUCUGGUACCAUCGCCCUCUCCUUGCUUCGUUCAUUUGAAGAAACUGCUAAACGACAUAUCCUCGACCAGAAACUGAAUAGGAAGCUUAUGCAUAUAAGCAUCGGGUUAGUUUUCAUGCUGUGCUGGCCAAUGUUCAGUUCUGGACACCGGGGAGCACUUCUGGCAGCUUGUAUUCCUGGUCUUAAUAUAAUACGAAUGCUUCUUAUUGGAUCUGGAAUGUGGAAAGAUGAAGCCACGGUGAAAUCAAUGAGCAGAUUUGGAGACCGCAGGGAACUUCUCAAGGGACCAUUGUACUAUGCCCUGACAAUUACCGUGGCUUGUGCUAUCUAUUGGAGGACUUCCCCGGUUGCAAUUGCAGCAAUAUGCAACUUGUGUGCUGGAGAUGGGAUUGCAGAUAUUGUGGGAAGGCGUUUGGGAAGUCAGAAAAUCCCAUACAACAGAAACAAGUCUAUAGCUGGUAGUGUUGCAAUGGCCCUGGCUGGUUUCUUGGCAUCUCUUGGGUUUAUGUUUUAUUUCUCCGCAUUCGGGUAUGUUCAGAAAAGCUGGGAAAUGAUAUUGGGUUUCUUGAUUGUCUCCCUUGCCUCGAGUUUUGUGGAAUCACUCCCCAUAAGUACAGAGCUUGAUGAUAACCUAACAGUUACCCUAACUUCUCUGUUGUUGGGGAACCUUGUUUUCUGAUGUCAAGAAUUGUUGCUUGCUUGUGAGAUAGCAUUCUUAGUUUUGGCACGUUCAUGCUAUGUGUAUUAUGUGUGUGAAGUGUCAAUGGUCAAAAAUCGUAUCUGCUGAUGCUUCUUGAUUCUUACGAGCCCCCUCAGCCUAGCGUGGUGAAAAAAUGGCUGCUUCCUGGGUUUUAGUCCUCACUUAGUGAACUCAAUGCUUGUAAGCGGUCUCGUCUGGUUACCCUACGGACUAGAGAUUCCUCGUAGAAAACCAUUUUCACUGUAUAUUUUUGUAUUUAUUUUUCAAAUGGAACUCUCAGACAAUUCGAAUAUGAAACCUUUGAUUUAAGGUUAAGCUCAACUUUUUAUUCAAUAAACUAUUGAUACCUCAA